UAUGAAAGGUUCAUCAUCGUCGCUUUCUUCACAUCUUGCCAUAGCUUUUUGUUUAGCUUUUUCUAGUUCAAGAAGAAUCCAUUUUGGUAAUUUUUCUUCAAUAACUGAUGUGAUGAAAGAUUGGUUUGUAUUUUCUCCCAUUUGUUGUAGUUGUUGAAUAAUUCUGUCGAUGUUGUCAGUUGUAAAUCGA